ACUGCGUGUACACACGCUCCCGGAGGCCAGGAUCCCACCGACAUGGCGUCGCCAGACGUGAAGUCCAGCUCGGCGUCCGAUGAGUCUACAGAGACGUCGGUGUCGCCGCUGGAGCUGCCCCCGACGCCGACGCCGACUUCCGCGGCGGUUGCGAAGUCGCCGUCCGAAUCGAAGGCGAGCUCGACCGGCGCGCCGCUGCACUGGGUCUGCUCCGAGGAUUCGCUGCCCGCCGCCGCCUUCUACGGGCCUUUGGACGCUAAAAACCCGCUCCUAGCCUCCUGCGAGAAGGAGAUACGGGAGCUUUUAGGCUUUAUGAAGACGAAGAAGGCUCUAGCCACCACGGAGGAACAGAAACAUGAGUUCCAUCGGCGGUGGGAGUAUGGCCAGGCAAAAUUUAAAAUGGCUUUUGAGAACGUUGAAGAGGUAUGGGAACGUUCUGUGCAGAGUGGACCACACAGGAGCAAUGACAAGUGUGGCCUUAUGAUGGAGGAAUACAAACUAGCUCUUUUGCAGUGCUAUGGAAGAUACCUGCAGCAGUUCUCCAUCAAUUUUGAUGAGAAUACAGCAGAUGUGAACAAGUUCAAAAUGGUCUUUUUUCCAAAAGGCUUUGGAAAUGAAACUGCUACUCUUACAUUUCGUGCUUUGAGUGGCAAAAAUAUUUGCAACUACCAGCUGGUCUGUGACAGUGAUGUAAACCUGCAGAAUAAGGAGUCUGUGAGCCGCUGUCUGCAGAUCUUGUCCUCCCUGAGGUUCAUCAUGCAGCUGGCUCUGCCACAGGAGCACCUUUGCUGGAUCAUCUUCAAUGGUACCAUUUACAUUUACACCAUUUGCCGAAAACUGAUGAUCAUAGGGUACUCUUCAAAGGCCUUGGAAUACCUGCUGUGGGCCAGCAUGUGCAUGGAAUCCUCCGUCCCGCUCUUGUCGGUCAGGUACCUGACGUGGAGAGCCACUCUGUAUGCUGCUGUUUGCCAGUGCCACUAUGACUGCCAAGCCAGCAUUCACGGAGAGGCAUUUGCUCGGCGUGCUUUGGCUAAAAUUGAUGAGUUAAGGCAGCUGGAAUUAAUGAGUUCCUCAAACUCUCAUGAAAAAUCCCGAAGAUAUUACAGAGAGGCCACGACAAAGAUGGCAGUGAUGAUUUUCAAAAGAGGAGUGUAUGAGUCUAGAAGAAAAAACAAAGUUUUGUUCAGACCAAAGAUAAGGAUUAACCUCAAGGAAGCCCAAAAUAUGUCGUGGCCUCGCACUGUCACAGAACGGCUGUUGGACGAGCUGUUUGAUAGCACUGCAUCCCAAUUUCUGGCUGUCUUGGAAUCUCUUUCUGACUCGAGCAGGCGGAUCCUACAAACUGGACCUCUGGUUACCGAGGAAGUGGAGCUUCGUGAUGUUGUCUUAGAACUGUUUAUGGCUGGAAAAGAACUUUUAAUACUUUCAAAUAUUGGUGAAAAUGGAAAGCUUGAUUUUCCAAAAACCUCUCUUCUGGAGCAUAUAACAGAAAGGAGAAAUACCAUUUCUAUGGAUGCUGCUGUGAAAUUUACAAAAUUAGCUUUUACUUACGAAGAAUGGGGCUUAUUUGAAUCGCUGGCUGGGCAGCUUAUUAAUUUUCUCAAGAGGCAGGAGGAUCCUGAGUCAAAGAAAGCAGAGAAGGAUUUGAUUCUUUUGGUUGCAGUGGAGCCACUAAUCAAUGUAAAGAAAAACAAGGGCUUGAUCUUCCCUUUGGAGAACGAUAAAGAAGGACAGUCACUUCAAAGUUACUUACAACACAUUGCUUGUCAUGAGUCUUGUGUGAGGAGUUGUGGAUAUUCCGAAGACAUUUUUCAUUUGGCAGCAAUUCUGCACUUCUGUGUUUGUGUCCCUUCCAAGGGUGUUCAUCCUGAUAAGGAAAUUGUUGUAGACAUAAUAAUGCUCUUAUGGCAGAAAUGCAAGCUAGGAAUUCAGAGGAUCACGAUACCCAGAAGCGACUAUGCAAGAUAUUCCCAAAGAAUCAUCACUAACAAAUGGAUUUAUCUCCUGUGGCAGUUAAGUGAAGUGAUUCACUGUUAUAAAUUGGAAGAUGUCGACAUUGUGAUGGUGGCAGAGAUCACAUUACGAUUAAGUGAAAUAUUAGAGUCUUUGGGAAGCUCAAGAAGAAAGUUAAAAAAAUCUGCAGAUUUAUCUGCAAUAAUAGAUCCUGAGGAAUUCCCCGGGACUCCAAAAGGGAUCCCAGAAGGUCUUCCAAUAUUAAAGCAAGCACCUGUGGAGCAGUUGUUUUAUGCUUAUCAACUUCUUGACAGAGCAAUUGCUGGGAUGAAUUGGAAUUGCAUGCUAACCACAUUGCCAAAUGGAUCAUCAAUAAUCGACCAUUGCUAUGUCAAGUGCUCCCAUGAUCUAGAUGGAGACAUGUACAAACCAAUCUCAGCAAAUAGUUUUAUGAUGGACCUGCAUCUUGAACUCAUUCAAGCUCAGCACCACAUAGCUGUUGGACUUCUUGAUCAACUGCAAGUUUUUCAGAUUCCAAGUGUUAGCACAAAUUAUUCUACUAAAGGUUCUGAAAAGUUAAAACAAUCUAGACGUACUGAUUGUUUUUCAGAAUUAAAUGUAAUGGAUAAGAUAAAGAAGAAUAAACUAUCCAAAGCCGUUUACUUGAUGCAGAAAGCUCUUUUACUGUUUGAGAAAGAUGAAGCUUGUAAAUCUUCAUGGGACUUGUUGAUGGAAGCAUCUUCCUUAAUUGAGAAGACUGAAGCAGAACAAAAUGCCCUAUAUUCUUAUCAGCAGUAUUUGGAAAGUUCAAAAACAAAGAAGGGCAAAACCCCUCCUCCGCCUAUCCUGCUGGCCCGGACGCACUGUUCUGUGAUACUCAAACCCGCUCCAUUUGUUUCAGAUGUUAAGGUGGCCUGGUACUGCAUAUUGGGUUGCAAAGCAGAAGGAAGUUAUAGAAAAGUGAGGCUAAACCACAAUCAUCUCCCAAAUUCAGGAGAGGCGAUACCAGCUGAUGGUAGAAGCAUUUUUGAAGUGAAAGGUCUAGAAACUAAUGAAAAAUACAUAUUUGCAAUUGCUGCUUAUUCUUGCAAUGGGAAGCUCAUUGGUGACGCUAUUGGGGAGACAACUAAACCAAUUCUCAUUUAUCCACCUCUUUCUGCUGUUACCGCUCGGAUGUACCUGACACAGGUCGCCUAUCAGAUUGGUAACUAUGAGUUGGCCAAGAAAGUGUUCUCACCGGUUUGGGAUUAUUUUGUUGUUUCUCCACGUCUGGAUGAACAAUCAGCUAUUUGUUUAAACAAUAUCAUGACAAUAACACAGAGAAGAUUACGUUCCAAUAUUUUAGCAGAGACUUCUUCAAUCCUCUUGUACCUUUUUCUUAGAAAUAUCUUUGUAACAAGUGACAUCAAAAUUAAAGAAGAAAAUCUUUUCUGUGAUAACAUUAAAGGCAAUGAGGUUUUCCCUGCCCAACAAAUUGCUCGGCUGAUCGAAUGUGAGAGAGUUUUAGUGGCACUGGAACUUAGCAACUUCCUCAAUGACUCCAGUUAUGCCCUUCAAGCUGUGACGCAGUGUUAUGGUCUCCUUGCUCCUAUCAUCUAUCACAAUAUUGUUUUGGUCCCUGUCAUACAGAUCUUGAUAAAAUGUAUAGUGGUUUUACAAGGAAUACCAAGUGUUGUUUACUCCAAGAAACAUGUUUCAAGUUUUGAAAGCGUACAGCACAUGAUAGCUUGCUGUAUCUUCUACAUGGCAAAGAUUCUACGUUCAUGGAAGGAAUAUGACCUGGCUAUAAUGAUUAUAAACUAUGGGAAAAAGAUGUUGGACAUCACAUCGGGGUGCAAAUCUCUAUUUAGUAAUGAACAAGAAGAAACUGCAGAUGGGGGUUCUUGUUCUAAGAAAACUUCAAAAACUAAGAAGCUGCAGCAGGUACUGAUGCCUGAAAAGAUAAAUGAACAGCUGGCCUUGUUGGAGUCACAUCUACUCAAACUGACAAAGCAGUUCACUACAGCUGAACUCUCUGGAGCAGAGGACCCUAUAUUUCUGUACCCAGUGGUUUUAAACUGGUCGGUGAAAGGGGCCGUGAAGGAAGUUAUGAAAUUUAAACAAAGACCAAGAUUCCUAGAAUUCUUUACACAAGUUAUGCUUAAAUGCAUGAAUGAUGAAAAAUUUUACCUUGUGGUGGAGAUAACAGCUCCUGUUUAUGAGUUCUUAAAAAGGAGAAAUAAAUCUCUCAUUGGAGUAAAAAAAAUCAAAUGUAAGGAAAAUGCCCCCUGUAAAAAGGAAAGCCAAUCUCCCAGGAACUUUAAAGCUAUAGUAAUAGAGAUCAGAAGAAGUUUAGAGGUCAUGCCAAGAAGAAGAAAGAAGGAGAAGGAGACUCUGAAAGAUUUUUUUUUGAGGAAUCCAGCCAUUUUUGAAAUGGCAGAACAGGAAAGAAAUAAGAGAGCUGAUGUUAGAAAAAUGGCAUAUCAAAGCCUGGCAGAUAACUUGAAUCCCAUAAUAUUAAGUUAUGUUAGAAGAAGGCGGUUUCAUCACAUAUUUCUUGAAGAACUCCCCUGGAGAGCUCAGAUGAACCUUUACCUGGCAAGUGCACACUUCCACAUGUUUUUACAGAAGCUAGGGGAGUGCACAAAGAUGAAAUUCAGCUCUUCACAUUGGAUUGUCAGUUUCCGAUCCUGUGACCCUAACUUAUUCUCACUAUAUCAUUCUGGAACAGUGUUGCCAACGACAAAACUGACAGCAGACAGUUAUAAUGCAAUGCUGGAUGCCAUCAUGGCAGCUAAAAGAAAAAGGCCACACUUACCAACAGAUUCUGAAGAGUUUCCUGCAUUUUGGAAUUACAAAAAUGAAGACAGUAUGUCCAAGACAAAAACACACACACUUUAUGAAUCAGAAUCUCAAUUAGAUGGUGGUAACAACAGAGAGAAGGAUCGAGCACUAAAUUGGGGACUGGAUCAUUUUAUGCAAAUCUUCUCAUGUUGCAAGAGAGCGAUGGUUCUUGCUCACCGUGGUGGGUACUGGACUCUGCUCCAGAACUGCUCCAGAGUCUUCUGGAACUUCACUCAGGAGCUGCAGAUACUGCUAAAGCAGGCAGUGGAUAUUUACAAAACAUUUCCUAUUAGCCAGGAUGGUUUCCUAUGCGCCUCUGUUUUACCGUUCAACUUGGGAGCAGAAUUACUUAUUGACAUGUUAAUAAAGCUACAAAAUACCAAUUCUAUUAAGUCCAUAGACGACAAAGGCGAGUUCAGCGUUCCAAGCUGUUACGGGAAUAUCAGACAGGAAAACGGUGGCUCCAGCCUUAUUUUCGAGCAUCCUUUGGAUGACAUUAAUGUGGUUGAUUUGAAAUGGAUCCAUGAUUUUGUAUUAAAGUCUCUAGAGGUUUUAUACCAAGUGGAAAAAUGGGAAACACUGACGUCACUUGCCAUCCAGUUCAACAUAAUUUCACAUGAGAGGUAUACUGAACAAGUGACCCCACUGUUGGUGUAUGCCCAGCGCCAGCUGCUUGUGAGAAUCCAGAAAUUCAAAGGCCCAGAUGUUUCCCAACAAGCUUGUGCAAGAUAUGAGGCUGCAUAUGGAGAGAAGAUAACCUGCCGAAAUUUCAUUGGGAAGCAGCUCAAGAUUGACUCCGCUGCACCCAAGACACUAGGCGACACAGAAGGCAGCACCGACAUCCUGAAGGCGAUCAUCGUCUCAGAAUAUAAACGAGCCAAACAGCUUGUGUGUGUGCCUGUGGAUGUGACGGACACGUUGAGAUGCUUUAGAGAGACCCUGGCAAAAUCAAAAUACCAUAGCAGAUCAAUCCAACACAGUAGAAAGCUGCUUUCAUUAUUUCUUGCACAGACACAAGGUGACAGAGGAGGAGUCAGCACCUCAAGAUCCACUCCAGGGAAAGUGGAGUUUUGCCUAGGAACGGAAGAGAUGCACAUGUCAACACCCCCUGACCUUUCUCAGGAACACUUCAGAGUUUUUAGUUCAGUGGAGAAAAGCAAACUUCCCUACUCACAACUAGGGCUGGUAAUUUCUUCUUAUCAUCAAACUAUCGAUAUUCUCCAAGCCAGCAAUCAAAGAAGUCUUAAAGUUCAGGCACUGCACUCUCUUGGAAGUCUGCUCAUCUUCACGAAAAAGAAAAGGGCUGCUUUUAAGUGUUGGAGUCAAGCUCUUGAUGAUAUAUUCGGAAAACAAGAUGUGCUACACACCUGGAGAGAAUUUGGCAUGUCCCUCCCCAGUGCCACCAACAGCUUUUCACCUCCUGGUUUCAAAGACUACAGCGAAGAAUUUCUGUCAAAACUUGGCAUUUGGGGAUGUUUGCAAGGUGCAGUGAUCUCAGCAAAGAUAGCACAAUUUAUUAAGACCCUGAAUGUCAAGAAAAGAACCAACUGCUGCGUUUUGUCUGCCUUGCUCUUUCAGAGUUUGCUUCGCACUACACUUCCGAAUCCCAAAGCUGAGCAUAGCUAUGCUCAGUAUGAAAUCACUCAGCUUCUCCCAGGCAUUGAGCUCUUCUCAGAUAAGUACAGAGCUGACAUCUGUACUGUCAUCGCAAGCUUAUAUUACAUCAUCCGAGAACUGCAUUAUGCUAAACACAAUCUAAUAGUUCUGCCUCUCCUUGCAUUGUACCAGUAUUUUGUUUCUGUAAUUUGCCAAGACCUAGUCAGAAAUUUAGAAGCAAGAAUCCUUAAGAUUGAAAUCCUUAUAGAUUUGGGCUUCUUUUCAGAAGCUUUUUAUGAGCUAUCCCAGAUUUUUUAUGGAAAAAACAUGCCCUGCUCAAUCCCUGCUGGCUAUAAAGCCACUGCAAACAUUAAGAUGGCCCAAUCGUUUGACUCAGGCAAGCCUCUCACCAAUAAAGACAACAUACAGGCACUUGAUGACUUAAUAAAUAAAGGCUUGCCUGUUAUUCUGGUUACUGUUGGCCAACAACAUCUCUUAAAUAAGUUCUACCUUGUUAAGGCGUUGUUCUUUAUAAAUGUGGCUGCUACAAUAAACUGCAUCCCAGAUAAUUCACUGAAAGCGCUCGACCUUGCACUUGCUGACAAAAGCAAACCGAGUCUCCCAAGCCUGAAAGAGUUAUACACGAAAGAUAAUGGGAACUCACAUUGUCAGCUUUCCAGAGUUAAAGACGAGUACACUCUUAGUAUGAUAAAGUCAGUUUUACUGAUGGAAGCUGAAGAGAGUCUCAACCUCCUGGUGUCUGAGAUGGAGCAAUCAGGCCACAAGAGCCUGUCUCAGUGUGAGGCAGGCGACCUGGAGAUUGUGGUAGAGGCCAAGCUGCAGCUGGCAGCCAUUGCCCUGCAGAGACACCGGGCAGCAUACAGCGCUGCGAUAGUAUAUUCCACACUUAAGCUUCUCCAAGAUGCAAAGCUUUUCAAAAAGAAAGGAAUACUGGGUGACGCAGAGGAUCUCAAUUCUCCAGGAACUCCUAUCACAGAAAGCAAAGAGGACAAUGAGUUUUUAGAUCCCAUUUCCCUAAAUGCCCGGGAAUAUUUCAACAUCCACCUCUGGCUGAGGUGCCGCUUGGCACUGGUAACUGCGUUUGUUUCACAGAUUCGUGGCAUCGGAAUCCUGAAAGAGAACAACAUGACAGACUCUUUGAGCCUCAUCAAGGAAGUGUGUGAGGAGGCAAAAAGUGCAGAUGACACAGAGCUCCUAGCUGAAUUCCUGAUGCAAGCCGUGAUCCUCAGCCUCCAGGAAAAGCACUUAAAGGCAGAUAUCAUAAGAAACCUUCAGGAAAUAAUCCAUUUGUUGAAAGGGAGUGAAUUCCUUUCUCCUCGAUCCCGGUUAACCCUGGCAAAAAGCCUCAUUCUACUGGAUGACUUAACGAAAGCUGAGAAAUUUAAGCAAGCCUCUUCAAAAGCAGAAAAACCCAUUUUGUUGACUCAAGCUCACAGCAUUCUUAUUGAGCAGAUGCUAACUUUUGGAGAGACAGUUGAAUUCCCUUUAUCAAAUACUGAGUAUGCAAAUCCAUUACAGCCUUUGAAAAACAUCUAUCUUCCUCAUGUCAUGUUACUGGCCAAAGCAAAAAUGAGACUUGGGCAUACACUGGUCAAGCAGGUGUACCAAAGCAGCAAGAAGACAGAUGUCAUGAAGUGGCUGCCUCCUCUUCAUCUCUUUGAGAUGGCACUGAAGCUCUGCAAGAUAUCCGCGGCAGAAGAGUAUGAGGUGGAGGCCGAAAUCCUUUUCCAGAAAGGCAAAAUAGAGCGUCAGUUACUGAUGGAGGAGGAAUCUACAGUUUUACAAGUGGAGAGUUUUUUUGAAGCUAUCCAACUAAGUCUGAGAAAUGAUCAAAACUCAGGGUUGAUAAGAGAUUCCUACCUUGAGAUUGCCCUGAUGUAUUUCCAUCUGAAGAAGCCAAAGAAAAAGAUUUCAGCAACACCAUCGUCACUUAAGCCUCUUCCGAGAAGGCAUAGUUCUAUUAAGGAGCCAAUAGCAAAUAGAUUUGAAAUGUGCAGUUCAUUGGCCUGGAUUGCAAUAAGAGCUGCUGCACAGGUCAGUGAAGCUGUGCUGGCAAUCAAACUACUGAUUGGAAAGAAAAAUGCUAGAACUGACAAAGUUAAUCACAUGGCAUUACCGAACAUUCCAGAAUUUGCCACUGUGGAUCUUUUGUCUUCAUAUACAGAUUAUUUGCUUGAUAACUACCAAGUUGCUUUCCAGGCUUGUAAUUCUGUUUUAUACCAAAAUGAUGAUGGGCAUAACAACGCAGAUACUAAAAGAAAGAGUCAGACCAAAGUGGACAUUACCUGGAUUCUUCUCAUACGCUACUAUAUACACCUUCAGAGAAUUAAUAACAUGAGCAAAUUGCUAGCAUCUGCAACACCGGUCUCUGGAAUUUCUUUGCCUGAUGAUACACUCCUCACUUCCGUGAACAACUCUGAACUGAUUUCGCGCCAAAAAGAAAUGCAUUUUUUCCUUAAGAGAGUCUUACAACUGUAUUCUUCUUCUUGUAUUGAUGCAUUUCCGAAAGAACUUCUUCAAGGUUUGGAAAAUCUACUCACUGUAGAAAGACUCUUAUAUGAGACAUCAGGCAAGAUUCACCGGGACAGUUCCCUGCAGUCUGUUUUAUCUUUGAAACCCCAUCCCAGCCCAUCUUCUCUUGAAAUUUCGUCAGAUAUGGCAAUACAAGCUUUAAACAAAGAACUGUGCUUUCAGUGGUACAUUCCUCCCCUGGACAAACCUCCAAAGGACACAGAACCAAUGGUUUUAUUAUUGUAUGCCUAUAACCUGAACCCCCUGAAGAUUUCCAGUAUUAAACAGCCUACUGACAACAAUAUCUGUGUGGGGACUUCCUGGAUUCCACUGAGCAGAGUCAUCUCAAUUCAUGAGAAACUAUCUAAUCUUGCACAAAUAGCUGAAAUAUCAUUACCGGCAAUUCCAGAAGUUAUUUCAACUGAAAAUAUCUAUGAAUCAGUAGAACCAGAAACAAAAUCAAUUGAUACAGAGAUGGAAAACAGGAUUAUUGAAUGCUGCUCUGAAAUAGCAGCUCUAUUUUCAUCUGACAGAGAGCCCACACCACUAUCUGAGGUCCCAUUUGAUGUCUCCCUGCCUUCCAUAUUCAGCCUGGAGAGACUUUUCGAUCUUGCUAAUGGUUGUAUUGUAUCAGGAGGGAGCCUUUUCAACUGGGUGGUGUCAAUAAUUCCUUAACCAUCUUUUGCAUUCUCCUACAUGGGAACUGUAGAGUGGAAUUAAUUGUUUUUCUUGGUUUGAAAUAAGUUUGUGGAUUUUUUUUUCUUCAAAUACCAAUAUUUUAUGUUAAGCUUGUUUAUUUGUCUUAGGAAGAACAUUGUAGGAGACUAGACCUUCUAUGUUUUACUUCUGAGACCUUCUAUGUUUUACUUCUGAGAGGUACCAGUGCAUUCAAUUUUCUUGCACCUGCUUUGGAAUUCUGUAGCUCUGUGUCUAGAUAGCAACUUUGCCACUUAAUAAUUCCUCUUAAUAAUUUUGAGAAAUGUUGUUUAUCUGUAGAAUGGGGCUAUGAGUAUCUAUCUUACAUGACUGCUAGGUGUCAAACUAAGUGAACUGGCACAACAAGGUAUUAGGAAGACCUGAUGAAAUGAGAGACUUGGGGUAGUGCCAGUUCUCUAGUGUACUGGAAGAGGACUGUGCACAUUUCACUCUGUUUAUCUAGCAUCUAACAAUCUCAAAUCUCACAUACUAAUCCUUUACAGACUCAUAUAUGAUUGGAUAUUCUUGGAAAUAAAAUAAUCAAGAAAUAAGCAAAAUAAAUGUGUUUCUC